UAUAGACCCAAUCCCGAAAGAACACAAACCUAUAAAUAUACGCACGAAAACUUCACAAAAGAAAAGCAAAGAAAUGACGGACCUAAAAUCAGAACCCAACUUCAGCUCCUCCACCACCACCACCACCACCACCAAGCCUAGAGUGGUGUGCUGCAUAGGUGACAUCCACGGCUACAUCAAGAAGCUCCAAAACCUCUGGUCCAACCUCGAAUCCCUCAUCGACCCGCAAGAAUUCCGGACAGCCCUCGUCAUCUUCCUCGGAGACUACUGCGACCGCGGGCCCCACACCCGCCAGGUCAUCGACUUCCUCCUCUGCAUGCCCUCCCGUUACCCCGACCAGACCCAUGUGUUUCUCUCCGGAAACCACGACCUCGCUUUCGCAGCGUUCGUCGGAGUCUUGCCUCGGCCUCCGACGUUCGAGUUCUCCGAGGCGUGGGAGGAGUACGAGGGCAAUGAGGAGAGAGAAGGGUGGUUCAAGGGUGACGGGUACGAGUGUAUGCACUUGCAAGGGAGGAGGUGGGGUGGAACUAUUAAGGUUAGGUUUAAUGCGGCUAAGGGGACUGAGUAUAAGGGCUCGAUCUACGAUGCGGGGCCCACUUUCGAGUCCUAUGGCGUUCCUCACGGAUCUGCUGAUUUGGUUAAGGCAGUUCCUGACGAGCACAAGAAGUUUCUUGCUGAUCUGGUUUGGGUUCACGAAGAGGAUGAUGUCUGUUUGGAAACUGAGAAUGGAAUCCUACACUGUAAGUUGAUUGCUGUGCAUGCUGGUUUGGAGAGAGAUAAAAACAUCAAAGAGCAGCUGGAUUUCUUGAGAGCCCGAGACACCCGGGUUCCUAAGGUAGAGGCUCUUAGCGGGAGGAAAAAUGUAUGGAAUAUCCCAAAGGAACUAACUGAGAAUCCAACCAUUGUGGUAAGCGGUCACCAUGGAAAACUCUAUGUUGAAGGCCUUAGGCUGAUCAUUGACGAAGGUGGUGGAUAUGAGGAAAAGCCAGUGGCUGCAAUCGUGCUCCCCUCAAUGAAGAUUGUCCGUGACACCGAUAUUUUGGCAAAUUAGUCCUCAGGUUUGUGGUAAACGGUCAUAAUGCAGUAUCUAUAUGCUUUCUUUCUAAAUUUGGCAGAGCAUAAGAUCGAAAAUGGAGGUCACUCCUCAUCAUUAGCUGAUGGAUGCUGGUUAUAGAGACGUGAGGAAUUACUGUAUAAUGGAAUUGGUGGAAUAAGUUGAAUAUUAUAUAUCCAGUUAUCACA